UGGUAGAUGGGAAACAUGGAAAAUUCACAAUAUAAUUUAUAUUUCCCUGCAGGUUUUUGUGGCACAAUCACGUAUGAUGGCAUUGCCAGGCAGAGACAGAAGCAGCAGCACCACUGGAAUGAUGAUCAUGACAAUAGAUUACUUAAGGUUAGCCUGACUCAGCUCAUGCUAUGGACAUCAGCCGAGAAAGGGAUUUUGAGGAUGUAUUCAGAGAAAAUGAAGAGGUUGGUCAGAUAUUACAUGAAACCCCAAUACAGGGGGAACAUCUUCGCACACAAAUGGAAUCUCAGAAUCCCAUUUUGACUGACAUUUCCAAAGCUCAAGAGUGCCUUGACAAUUUAUUGAAUAUGAUGCGCAAUGACCCAAAGCCCGAUCAAUCAGAGAAGAGUGAAUUAAUUUCUCAACUCAAACCAAUCUCAGACGAAUUGUGUAUUGAGGGGAGUAGUUUGGAAGCUUGCUUGGAUAGGGUAAGGGCAGUGUCCAAGCUUGCUGCUUCUGCGGAGGCCAUGUUUAAAGAGAACCAGCAAAAUACGUGGAAAGAAAAGAAAGAAUUAGAGAAUAGCAUCAUAAGUUUAACAGAGGAGAAUAGGGACAUUAGUACUUUGCUCAGGAGUGCUUUGGCAGAAAAAGAGGCAGUUGAGAAGGCUUUUUCAAAGUCCAAGGCAGGCGGUGCAGCUGCAAUUUUUCAGAUUGCAGAAAGAGGGCUGCAAAGGGUUGGAUUUGGGUUCAAGGUUGAGACUGGGGGCAAGCCUACUACGCCGGAAAAUGACAGCAAUGAAGGGGAAGAAGAUGCUUUCAGUCUGGCUUCUACUAUGGAGAAUAUAGUUAAAUCUAUGCGACGUGAAAUAACAGAACUGCGGCAAACUUUGGAAGCAUCAAGAGAAGAAGUUAACAAUCUAAGAGAAUUUUCAGCAAGUCAAGCUCAAGAUCUGGCAAAAAAUAAGUUACGUGUUAAAGAACUUGAAGAGAGGGAGAUUGCACUAACAGAAAAUGUUGAAGUUCUCAUGAAGGAUAUUGCAGUGGCAGAAGAAGACAUAACCAGAUGGAGGAAGGCCUGUGAGCUAGAAGCAGAAGCUGGAAAAACUGUCAUGGAAGAGUGCCAAGCAGAGAUAUCUGCCCUCAAGCGGGAGUUGGAAGAGAUGAAAUAUUCUUUAGACAGUACAAACAGCAGGAUUAAGUUAAAGGAAAAUUUGGUAAUUGCAGCUAUGGCUGCUCGUGAUGCUGCAGAGAGAUCACUAAAUUUGGCAGAUAGGAGGGCCGCUGCAUUUAGAGAAAGGAUUGAUGAAUUAACUAGGCAAUUUGAGGAGUUUGAUAGUAGAGGUGAGCAGAUUAGUCUAUCAAAAAUGCGUUAUGCAUGUUGGCCUUGGUGCUGGUCCAAGAUAACUCCAAUUGCAAAUUUCAGAAAUAUAAGAGCACAUUUUUCAGCCGACAUGGAGGAGCUGUUAGAUCCUUCAUUCUAAAGAGGUUGAUAAUACUAGGACUUCAGAGAUGUGAAUGUAUUAACCUUUUGAAGUUGUAUAAAAAUGGUUUCUCGCGUUAUUAAUUAUUUUAUUUUCAAUUAAUAAUUGAAGGGCACAUUGUCCUUUAAGAAGGUAA